AUGAAGUUCUUCUCAAUUGCCUCCUUGGGGCUGCUCCUAGUGGUGGCUACUGCCUUCCCUGCUUCAGAACUUUAGAGAGAAGAUGGAGAGAAUAGUGUCACUUGAAAUAAAUCAACACGUGCCACUUCCGAAAAAACCUCAGGACAGAUUUCCUACCUCAUCAAGGAAGUCUUCGAAAUGAGAAAAGAGCUGUGCAAGAAUGAUGAGACCUGUAUGAAGAGCCAUGUGGCAGUGUCCGAAAACAAUCUGAACCUUCCAAAGAUGACUGAAAAAGAUGGAUGCUUCCAAACUGGUUACAAUCGGGACAACUGCCUUGUGCGAAUCACCUCGGGGCUUCUGGAGUUUCAGGUCUACCUGAGGUACAUCCGGAACAAGUUUCAGGAAAGCAAGAACAGGGACAGAGCCGAACAUGUGCAGUUCAGUUCCAAAGCCCUGACUGAGAUCCUGAAACAAGAGGUGAAGGAUCCCAAUAAAAUAGUCUUCCAGCCCACUGCAAAUAUCAACCUGUUGGCAAAACUGGAAUCACAGAAUGAUUGGCAGAAGGUCAUGACCAUGCAACUCAUCUUGAGCAACUUUGAGGAUUUCCUGCAGUUCACCCUGAGAGCUGUUCAGAAAACAUAG